CCGGAGGCGAGAAAAUCAAUACAACGGGGAAACGAUAAAAAAAGAGAAAAAAUCAUAUUCUUGCGGGGAGAGUCAUAUUCCGUUUCUUGAUUCUAUUUAGAUCCCAUAUUCUCACGCCCCCUUCAAACCCCCCCCCUCUGCCUCUUCUCUUCUUCCCCUUCCUUGUUCGGAUCUCUCUAUGAUGCUGCUGCUGCCUCAGAGCAACCCCAUAUAACCCUUCCCUCGUCCUUCCAGAUUCAUCUCAGAGAGAGAGACCCAGAAACAGUCAAAGGAGAGAGAGAGUGGACAUGGAUAAUAAUCAUCAUCAUCAUCAUCAUCAUCAGUUCCAGAAAAUGCAGAGCUACAUGGAGGCUCUGGAGGAGGAGAAGCGCAAGAUCCAAGUCUUCCAGCGCGAGCUCCCUCUCUGCUUGGAGCUUGUCAACCGAGCGAUCGAGGCGUGCAGGCAGCAGCUGUCCGGGACGACCACGGAGAACAUGCAGGGAGGCCAAUCCCAGUGUUCGGACCAGACUUCGACUGACGGUCCGGUCCUGGAGGAAUUCAUUCCCAUCAAGAGAAUUUGCUCGGCUUCCGAUGACGAGGAAGAGGAAGAAGGAGACGAGCAGCAUUCGCACAAGAAGUCUAAGAGUGACGGCGCCGCUGAUAAGAAGAAAUCCGACUGGCUCAGAUCUGCCCAGCUUUGGAAUCAAACCACCCCAGGUCCGACUCCUCAACAGGAAGCUACACCGAGACGGGUAUCGGUGGUAGAGGUGACGAGAAAUGGUGGGGCCUUUCAGCCUUUUCUUAGGGAGAACAAGAUCCCUGUCAAGACCAGCACCAGCCACGACAGUGAUCGUCAGAACAAGAACAACCAAUCUCUGAUCGAAUUACAUUCGCCGGUCCCGGUCACCGCCACGAGCUCGACGGCGGACACCACAACGGCCAACGGCAACGGCAACGGGACCAGGAAAGAGGAGAAGGAAGGGCAGACCCAGAGGAAGCAGCGGCGGUGCUGGUCGCCGGAGCUGCACCGGCGGUUCCUCCAAUCUCUUCAACAGCUCGGCGGCCCACACGUUGCAACACCGAAGCAGAUUAGGGAGCUGAUGAAGGUGGACGGGCUCACUAACGACGAAGUCAAAAGCCAUUUACAGAAAUAUCGCCUGCACACCAGAAGACCGAGCCCGACCCAACACGGCGGCAACUCGCAAGCCCCUCAGUUCGUCGUGGUGGGAGGCAUAUGGGUCCCGCCGCCGGAGUACGCGACGGUGGCCGCCUCCACGACGACAACCGCGUCCGGGGAGGCGGCGAGGCCCAGCCCUUCGUCGGCCGGGGUCUACGCGCCGCUGGCGAUUGCGGCGGCGCCGCAGCAGAGGAACCCUUCUAAGGAUCACUCGCCGUCGCAUUCGGAAGGAAGAGGGAGCCACAGCGCCGGCGAGGCUCACUCCAAAUCGCCGUCCACGUCGUCUUCGACCCACACCGCCACAUCUUCGCCUGUGGAUUGAUUUUGACUCUUUCCUUGUCUUAGAGCAGAGUGGGCCAAAAAAAAAAAAAAAAGUUUUGUAAAAAAUAAUGUUAAAAUUGAGGAAAUGUAAUGUUAUAGGUGUGUUGAGGAUGUUUUUAUUUAUUUAUAAAAGGUCAAUAUGAAAUAAUAAGCAUUUCCAAUUUCAAGUGAUUUAA